UCUUUUGCAGCAGCAUCCAUUAUGGCAACAGAGCGAGUCCUUCACAUGAAGGGCGGUGCAGGAGAAACAAGCUACUCAAAAAGCUCUUUACUUCAGAGAAAAGUAAUAUUGAAAGCGAAACACGUUCUUGAAGAGAGUGUCAAACGGAUGAUGUCCAACACAACUUAUGAAAGUUGUUGGAAAAUAGCAGAGAUAGGUUGCUCUUCAGGAUCAAAUGCAAUUAUGGUCGUGUCUGAUAUCAUGAACAUUAUUGGUAACACUAGCUUGAACUUAAACCAUGGGUCACCCGUAUUCCAAAUUUACCUCAACGAUUUAUUUGGAAACGAUUUCAAUACCAUCUUCAAGUUACUCCCUGAUUUCUACCAAAGUAUAUCACAAAGAAAAGGAGACAAAGUUGGAGCAUGCUUUAUUCAUGCAACACCGGGGAACUUUUAUGGGAGACUCUUUCCCAAUAAUUACAUUCACUUCUUUCAUUCCUCUUACAGUCUCCAUUGGCUAUCACAGGCACCGAAAGAUUCGACCAGUAUUGGAAAGCCACUCAAUAAGGGAAAUACUUACAUAACAAGUACAAGCCCUCCAUCCGUCUAUCAAGCAUACUUUGAGCAAUUUGAAAGAGAUCUCAAACUUUUUUUAAAAUCACGCUCUGAAGAACUAAUGUCGGGUGGUAUUAUGGUAUUAACUUUCAUUGGCAGAGAAAAAGCUCGUGAAAUUAAAAGUCCUUGGGUUGUAAUUGGGAUGGUACUUAAUGAUAUGGUCCAAGAGGGUUUGAUCGAAGAGGCAAAAUUGGACUUCUUUGAUUUGCCUUUAUAUGGUCCCACAGCAGAGGAAGUCAGACAAGUGAUUGAUGCGGAAGGAUCUUUUAAAAUUGAAACAUUGAAGAUUAUCAAAAUGAGUUGGGAUGCAAACCUUCAAGAGGAUGUUGAUGGUUCUUUUCUUGAUAGCAUAACAAGAGGAGAGUUCAUAGCUAAGUACAUAAGAGCUGUUUUUGAACCUCUUUUAGCGGUUGAGUUUGGGGAAGAUAUCAUGGAUGAAUUGUUCUCUAGGUUUGCAAAGCUGGUUGCAGAACUCACUGAGUUAGAGACGUUGGAGUAUACUAAUUUGAUAGUGUCCAUGACAAAAUAA